AUGGGAGAGAAGGCAAAGCACCUCCAAGAGGUAAGUGUUCCUACUUCAGCCCAAGUUAGUGUUGUUCCUCAAACAGGGAGGUUUCGCUAUACCCUGGACAAUAACCUCCUCACCACAGAGCAAAGGCAGUUCUAUGAGGACAAUGGGUAUCUGCUCAUUAAGAAGCUUGUUUCUGAUGAAGACAUUGAGCGCUUCAGGUUGGAGUUCCUGAGGAUCUGUAGGAAAGAGGUGAAGCCCCUGGGAGCUAUGAUUAUGAAAGACGAGUCCCUGAGAACCCAGUACAGUCAGUCUGAAAAAUCAGUUAAUAAAGUGCAGGACUUCCAGGAGGAUGAAGAGUUGUUCAGAUACUGUACUCUGCCCGAGAUCCUCAAAUAUGUCGAGUGCUUCACAGGGCCAAACAUCAUGGCAAUGCACACCAUGCUGAUAAACAAACUUCCAGAUUCUGAGAAGCAGACUUUUCUCCACCCCAUGCAUCAGGACUUGCACUAUUUCCCCUUCCGACCUGCGUCCCGCAUCGUCUGCUCCUGGACUGCCAUGGAGAGGGCUGACCAGGACAAUGGCUGCCUGGUCGUGCAGCCAGGGACACACAAGCUGCCCCUGAAGCCUCAUGGCUAUCCACAGUGGGAGGGUAAAACUAACAAACUUUUCCAUGGGCUGCUUGAUGAAGAUGAGAAGACUCCCAAGGUUCACCUUGUCAUGGAGAAGGGAGACACAGUGUUCUUCCAUCCCCUGCUCAUUCAUGGCUCUGGGAUAAACAAGACAUCAGGUUUCCGAAAGAGUAUAAGCUGUCACUUUGCCAGUUCAGAUUGCCACUACAUUGAUGUCAAGAACACAACCCAAGAGCACCUGGAGAAAGAACUGGUAGAGAUAGCUCGUGAGAAAUUUGACAUGUCUUCUGUGGAACUCAGGGAUAUUUGGAACUUCCGAGCACGUCUUGUGCAAGGGGAGAGAAUCAACCUGUAG